AUGGAGGAUUCGAGUCUGCCCAGCACUGUUGACGUGGACAAAGGCUUUGCUAUUGCCUUUGUUGUUCUUCUAUUUCUGUUCCUAAUAGUGAUGAUUUUUCGAUGUGCCAAGUUGGUGAAGAAUCCCUAUGAGGCAAACUCCACAUCUACAGGACCAUCUCUGAACUGAAGUAUGACAAACACCCGGUAGACUCCUCCUCAGAAGAGAUUUAAAAUCUGUUUUACAGAUGUGUACGAUCCAGGCUUUAGAUUAUUUCACCUUCCUAUUUCUGAACCAAGGAGCCCUGGUAGUACAGUGGUUAAGCACUUUGUUGCUAACUGAAAGGUCAAUGGUUCGAAACCACCAGCCGCUUUGCGGGGUGGGGGGGGCGGUGGUGGUGGAGAUAUGGCAGUAUCCUUCCAUAAAGAUUUCCAGCCUUGGAUACCUUCAGAACAGUUCUACUCUGUCCUGUAGGGUUGCUAAGUUCAAAUUCAUUCAAUGGCAGCAGGUUUUUAGCAUUUCUAAAACUUCUCUCUCUUACUUUCCACAUUGGUCACAUGAGGGUGAAUUGAGAAUAACAGAAGAUGAAACAAGCCAGUUUGUAUUGUUCCUGUUCAAGGAAAUGGUUAUCAAAGUGGGACAGGGACAAGCUGAAUGUAUUGGUCAAAACAAGGCCAUCCCAAGGACCCUGGAGGCCAUGGUCCCCAGACCUUCUGUUAGCCCAGGACAGGAACUAUUCCCAAAGCCAACUCUUCAGACAGGGAUUGGAAUGGAAUAUGGGAUGGAAAAUGAUACUGGUGAAGAACGAGCUUCUUGGAUCAAGUAGACACAUGAGACUAUUAUGUUGGCAUCUCCUGUCUGGAGGAGAGAUAAGAGGGCAAAGGGGGUCGGAAGCUUCCCAAAUGGACAUGAGGAAAGAGAGGGAAGAACUGUGCUAUCUCAUUCGAGGGGGAACAAUUAGGAGUGUGUAGCAAGGUGUAUGUAAAUUUUUGUACCAGAGACUGACCUGAUUUCUGAACUUUCACUUAAAGCACAAUAAAAAUUAAUUAGGAAAAAAAAAACAAGGUCAUACUCAAGCAGACACAUGAGACUAUGUGGGCAGCUCCUAUCUAGACGGGAGAUGAGAAGGCAGAGGUGGACAGAAGCUGGCUGAAUGGACACGGGAAUAGAGGGUGGAGAGAAGGAGUGUGCUGCGUCAUUAGGAGAGAGCAACUAGGAGUACAUAAAAAAAGAAAAAAAUUGGAACAUCUGGCAAUACCAUAUUGCAUGGGACAAAAACUAGCUGAAGGCAAGUAGCAACUGCUCCACAUAGGUAAGACACGAAUGUCCCAGAUGACGACAGUCCUCACCUGCCCCACUUUCUUCCAUGACUUUCCAGAUGCCUGCAAGCCUUGAAUUUUCAAUCCCUGAUAAAUUCUUUUGUUCUGAUUUUCAGAUCACUAACAACCUUCAGAUUAUGAUCUAAUUUCCUAUAAAUCUGUCUGCAGAGAAAGGAUGCACUGAUCAUUUGGCAUGCCACGGUUUUGGUCCCUGUGCUAUAUGAUUUCUCAUGGUGAAUUAUUAAGAAGCAUGUGGUUGGAAAGCCAUGUAUCACAGUGGAUUACAGGGAGAAAACGUGCCAAGCAUACCAACAUGAGUAUUCCAGUUUGUGUACCAUUUAUCAUUGGUAUAUAAUUGAUCAAUUAUGUUAAUAAGUUGGCAAUAAACUGUCUACCUGAGUAAUUUGCAAGUUUUAGCAAUGUGACUCAUUUAUGUCCGGGCUUGAUCACCUCUGACAAGAGUUAGUCUUCAGGCCUUAAAGCAGAAAGCCAGAG